CUUCCGUGGAUACUGAAGCUCUCAAGCGAGAUUAUCGACGGUGCCCACUUGUUGCUCGCUUGCGCGGAGUUCGCCGAGUACAACGUGCUCUACGCCGACCGCCCGAGCCCCGUCUUCAGCAGGAUCGCGGCCAUCCUCUCGCACAUGGAGAACACUGCGUUGAUGAUUCUGCUGGGCGCUGUGCGGACGGCAGGAAGCAUCAGCGAGAUCCUCCUCUUCGACGGGCUCCUCGCGAAGGUGGUGGACUUCCUAGGAGAAGCGAUGGUGGCGGUAGCCGUGGCCGAGGCGAGCGCCGCCGCAGGUGUACAAUUCCACAUAAAGUCGUGGCCGCGCGUGGACCAGCACGUUCGCUUCGCAAGGGCCGUGCUUCGCGACUCACGAACGGCGGUCGUUCGGAGGGGGCGCGGCGAACGCCAGGUGGUCAAUUGCAUCGUCUCGGUGGCUGAUUGGGCACAGCUGUCUCCCAAGACCGCGCUCGACGAGGAGAGCGCGACCAUGACGGUCAAGGAGUUCAACGAAUCCGAACUGGACCAUUCCCAGCGCGAUGCGACAAAGAUCCCUCAGUUCACCAAGGAGACUAUGGACAACGUCUUCCGCCGCGACAAUCCCGAGGGCGCUGUGUACGGCGUCAUUGAGGUUCAGCCAGCGCCUGCGCCUGCGCACUGCCACGGCGUCAGGAUCUUGGAGGGCGGUUGCGUGGGGCUCUGGGACCCGACGGCUCCUUCAGUGGAGAUGCAGUUGCGCAUGGCCGAACUGGAGACGCUCGCGGAGGGCAGAGGUUUGAAGUGGUUUUCCUUGAAGACGGUGCAUGCGGACGCGGGCUUGCCGACUGACGGGGACGACGCGUACAUGAUGCCAGCCGCGGGUGCCGAUGAUCUGUUCCAACCAGGACCUGGUCUGCAGCAGGCUGUGGACACAGAGGGCCCCUUCGAGACGCAUUUGUGGGAGUGCGCCCACUGCGGUGCCAAGUUGAAGCAAAGCACGGGCAUGCCAUCUCGUUCCGACAUCUCCUGCAGGCUGUGCGACCUCCACUGCACCACGGAGAUCUCGGUGAGGACGUGGAAGUGCACGAACAAAACUUGCGAGAUCACCUACGGGCCGAACUUCAUGUGGGUCGGCGGCGACAAGGUCAAUACGGCGACGCUGGCGGAUUUCGAGCAGUCGGGGGUUGUUUUCGUGAGCAACCAGAGGGCGUUCACCAUGCGCUACUUGAGGUACCACGAGAAGCUCAUGUUCCGUUCCUUCACCACCGCUCGCGGCAUCGACUGGGUCACCAAGGAGACCUUCUCGGACAAGGCUGAGGACGGGUACGGCAAAGAAUUCGUGACCGAUUACAGGAAGCUCCACCUCGACGCCCUGAUGUACCUGAUCGCUGUGCAGGAGAUGGAACCGAUCAAAGAGCACCGCGGCAUCAUCAUUGGCAAGGAGAUCACCGACGAUACCUUCUCCAAGUUGGACAGCUACUACCACAGGAACGUGUUCCCCGAUCCGUGUCCGAAGAAGAUCACUGUGCUCGUCGGGGACGGACACGAGAAAGUUCUCACGAAAUGCAAUGACGAGGAGAGGCAGAAGCGCGCCGUGCGCAGGAGGCCAGCAGCGGCGAAGGGGUCGAUGAAGAGGGUGCGCAAGACCGCCAUCAAGAAGCACGUCCUGAAGGUGAGGCCCGCCGCGAAGAAGAAGUCUGUGGUUCUCAAGAGGCCGUCCGCCGCGCCAGUGCGCAAGAGGCCGUCUGCCGCUGCACCCGGCAAGGGGGCGUCCGCCGCGGCCAUUCGGAAGAAGGCGCAGUACAAGAGCAGCAGCAAAGCAGCCCGCCACAUGCACCACAACCACGGCUGGUUCAUGGUUCUCACCCCUGAUGGGCGCAUCGUUGCCGCAGUCGAGCAGAAGAACCCAGAGGGCAACGGCGUGGCGGCAGAAGCCUUGACUCGCGCUCUCAAGAAGCACCCCAACGUGAACACGUUCGUUUACGAUCGGUGCUGCUCCUUCUACGUGUCAGCCCAGAAGUUGCCUGCCUUCAAGAACAUCAAGUACUGGGCCGUCGACUUGAUGCAUGUGGCCGAGCAAUCCUUCUCGUGGUUUAGGGGCUACGCGCGCCCGCUCAACGAGAUGGUCCCGCUGAGGCACAAGCUCUGCGUGCUCUUCUUCGCCAAGCUUCACAACAACUACGUGGCGGAGCACAACAUCGAGUACCUGCCGCCGACGGGCAGCCUCAAGACGACGCAGGGAACGGGCGGGCACGACGGAUGCGCUUAG